AUGGUCAAGCUGCAGGCAAGCUUCUUUGGAGUAUCCCUGCGACGCCGAGGCGUGGAUCCUGGACAGCAUCCUCAAUUCCCCACAGCAUCCUUACUCCAAAAUCCAAAUAAUGGCGUCGGAGCAGAAACUGACCGUACCAUUGACGCGUCCACUCCGCGCAAGACAGUUAAAUACGAUGGCAAGGUACAUGUCGGCCGUCUUUCCCCUCGACCGGCUCAACCUGCUGCUGUCACCAUGUUGGGACUCCCCACGGGAUUUACCACCAUUCUUACCGGCCUCCUGGCCCUGUUCCCCGCUGAUGGAAGCUGCUCUUGUCGCUGCAUGCCGGGCGACGCCUGCUGGCCCGAUCGUGCCACUUGGUCAAGCUUUAACCAAUCCAUUGACGGUCGGCUAAUUGCAACCGUGCCAGUAGGGAGGCCUUGCCAUGGCUCUGCUUACAAUGCAGCUGUAUGCGAUGCUCUCGGCGAAGAGUGGACACUUCCUGAGAUACACUAUGAGACCUCUUCCUCCAUCAUGGCGCCGUUCUUCGCCAACGGCUCUUGCGAUCCUUUCCAUCCCGUCGAGAAGCCCUGCACGCUGGACAAUUACAUUGUCUACGCGGUCAACGUGAGCAGGCCCGAGCACAUCUCAAAGGCGAUCCAGUUUACGACAAAGCACAACAUCCGCACCGUGAUUCGCAAUACCGGCCAUGACUAUAACGGCAAGUCGACUGGUGCCGGAGCGUUGGGGAUCUGGACGCACAAUCUGAAGAGCAUCGAGAUCAAGAACUGGAAGGACUCGCACUACAAAGGAGAAGCAAUUAAGCUCGGCGCCGGUGUGCAGGGCCACGAAGCAUACGAGGCGGCCGAUGCGCUGGGUUUAGAGGUUGUUGGUGGUGAGUGUCCCACAGUGGGUAUCGCCGGUGGAUAUACCCAGGGUGGAGGACAUUCCGCGUUGGCCUCUGCGCACGGCUUGGCGGCCGACCAAGUGUUGCAAUGGGAGGUUAUUGAUGGCAAGGGCAGAUUCAUUACUGCUACAAGGGAUAACGAAUACUCUGACCUGUUCUGGGCACUGAGUGGAGGGGGUGGUGGGACGUAUGGUGUCGUUUGGUCUAUGACCUCCAAGGCUCACCCAGGCACACCCGUUUCUGGCCUGAACCUGACAUUCACAAACGAAGGCAUCUCGCAGGAUACGUUCUACAAGGCUGUGGGUCUGUACCACACUACUCUCCCAUCUCUGGCCGACGCUGGUACCAUGAGUAUCUGGUAUUUCACAAACACCAGUUUCUCCCUCCGGCCUCUGACCGGUCCCAACAUCCCCGUCGCCAAACUACAAGAAUUGGUAAAGCCAUUCACCGACGGACUUACCGACCUCGGCAUCAGCUAUAACAUCUACUCAAAGCAGUUUCCCAGCUACCUAGCUCAAUUCAACGGGAUGCAGGCCGAUAUCGAAGUCGGCAUCGCUCAAUACGGCGGCUGGCUGAUACCACGGUCCGUGGUCCUCGAGAACAACGUCGCCCUUACAGCCGGCUACCGCCACAUCACCGAGUCCGGCGCGACCUUCAUCGGCGUCGGACUUAACGUCUCCAAAGCUGUUGCCGGCGACGUCCACAACGCGGUCCUCCCCGCCUGGCGAGACACUCUAAUUCACACCACCCUUACCACCGAUUGGGCGUGGGGCGCUGACAAGGAGAUGCUCGAGCAGCAGCGCAAGAUGACUGAUGACUACAUUCCGACUUUGAUGGAGCUGGCGCCCGACUCGGGGGCGUAUCUGAACGAGGCCGAUUUCCGCCAGCCCAACUGGCAAGAGGCGUUCUACGGGUCAAACUACGCUGCUUUGAGGAAAGCCAAGGCUAAGUACGAUCCGAAUGAUGUGUUUUAUGCUUUGCAGGCGGUUGGCUCAGAUGAGUGGACAAAACCCCAAGGGGACAGCAAAACCACCCAAACCGACUUCCUUGCAACUCAUGAUAUCCAUCUCGAGUCGUAUUCCUUCGAGGAUGCCAUGGCACCACCACAGGAGUCUCGCGAGUACGUGACCGUCGAGCACCGUGUUGCUCUGGAGGACCAUGACCCAGAGUCCCCAAACAGACUCUCCGACAUUGUCUUCCAAAACGACUCGCCCGGCGGCUGGGAUCUGCACGAACGCGCUGACUCCAUUGCGCUUUGGCUUGUGAGAAUAGCAUACGAAUUUCCGCGUCCCCUGCCCCCCAAUGUUCUUGACAUGGCGCACUAUUGUGAAAUCGCACCCGUGCUCCAUCCCCACGGUCUCGACUUAUCCGACGAUGGCUUGAAUCGCAUGGACCCAGCCGCCGCCAACUGUUGGAACUCCGACAUCUACGAGUCCACCAGGAGGACCCGAACCGGGCAGAGCUUCGCGCACUUGAUACUGCUCACCAUCCUCGCCGUUCCUGGGGCCGACGGGUCCAUAACCCACUGA